AUGGAUGGUGAAUCCGGCAAACAAUCAAAGAGGAUCCCGCAGUUCUUCAAGUUUUUCGAUGCCACCAAGUAUUCCGACCACCUGCACAUUCCGUCGGCAUUCGUAUCGCUAAUGGGAGAAAAUAAACUACCGAGGAGCGCAUUCCUGAGGGAUGAGUAUGGUAACAAGUGGCCUGUUGAAUUGACAAGGAUGGAAUCCGAAUGGUAUUUUGGAGAGGGCUGGGCAAAGGUAGCUGGAGACAAUCGUAUGGAACAUUGCGACUUCAUCGCUUUCCAAUUUGAUGGGAUCAAAACCUUCCAUUUUAAGAUGAUUGGAAACGAUUCGUGCAGUAAAGUAGGAGUUGGGUCCUUGAAGUUUCUUCAUUUGGAGGACCCUGAAUCAGAAAAUGAUGAAGACGAAGAAGGAGGUGACGAAUUGCCUCAGCAAUUUAGAGAUGAUGAUGAUGAGGAUGAUGCUGAAAAAAAGAGAGGGAAGGCCACUAUUGACAUAUAUGGUGCAAAGAUGAUCCAAUCAGGACUAUUUGUGCAGCCCAGGAAUCCCUAUUUUGUAACCAAAAUCAGGACCAAUAGAGCGCGAGAACUGUACAUUCCAGCAGAUGUGGUGAGGGAUUUCAAAGUGAAUCUGCCGGAAAAGAUAGCGCUUCGGGAUCCAGCCGGGAGGGAUCACUGGGAGGCACGCCUGAAGACGUGGAAAGACGGCCGGACAUUUUACACGGGAGGAUGGAAGAAACUUUGUCUGGCGAAUAACAUCGGUGACCAGGACAGGUGUGUUUGUGAGUUUGUGAAAGAGGAAGCUGGCAAAUUACUCCUCCAGAUUCACAUUGUUCGACACCCCUGCCGCUGUGGACACUGA